CUCGCACUCGCACGCGUACUCGCUAGGCUAGCGAGUCGCACUUACGAAAGGAACCUAAGUCCGGUGUUGCACAAACAAGUUCAUCUCCCCGUCAAAUGUUUAUAUCCCAUUCCCCUCUGCUACCCCAUAGAUUCCCCCCAAAUUCUCAUUGCCCAUCCCUUCUUCUAAUUCUUCAAAUUCCCCUCCCCAACUUCUCUACCCAACCUCUCUCGCUCUCUUCGUAUAUUUUCAAGGGUUUUCGUUGGCUCGUCCAUGGCAUUUUCUUAAUUAUGGUGGCCUGUUCCAGAGGAUUCACGACUCAGCUCGAGUUAAAGCUCUCCUCCGCUCUCUUUAUCUCUUAUGGAUUGGCACCGAGUAAAAAGAAGAGAAUGUGCUUUCCUCGUGAUCCGCUCACUUUGUUGAGUCGAAUCAGUUGCUGCUGCUCCGACCCCGUGGUUCCUGUCCGUAGAGCCACCCGUUCCGGAAAGAGAAAUGAGAAGGUUGAGGACUGGCGAUUCGACUCCAAGAAGUGUCCUCUCUGGGUCAGAGUCCAGGUCCCGUCUGCAACCGUUCGCUUCAGCUCAAUCUCGAGUUGCUUCCAAACAAGAAAAGUUCUACUCUCGGUGUACCCCAAGAAAUUCUGGUCCUCAGUCUCGUGAUACUCCUCCAAAAAGAGACACUGGUAUUGCCAACGAGAAGGACUGGGGCAUUAGUUUGUUAAAUGAGAGUGUUAAUGAGUCUGGCACUAAUGAUGAUGGCAGUACCUGGUAUCAGGAAAGUGGGGAAGACCUUGAUGAAAAUGGAUACCGAUGUAGGUGGACAAGGAUGGGUAGUAAAUCCCACGAUGGUUCCUCUGAAUGGAAGGAAACGUGGUGGGAGAAAAGCAACUGGAGUGGAUACAAAGAGCUAGGUGUUGAGAAAUCAGGAAGAAAUGCUGAAGGAGAUUCAUGGUGGGAAACUUGGAAAGAGGUGCUUCAUCAAGAUGAAUGGAGUAAUUUAGCAAGGAUAGAGAGUGCUCAGAAGCAAGCUAAAUCAGGCAGUGAAAAUGCUGGUUGGUAUGAGAAAUGGUGGGAGAAGUAUGAUGCUAAAGGCUGGACAGAAAAAGGGCACAUAAGACAGAUAAAUGGGCGGAGACUGAGGGGAACUAAAUGGGGAGAUAAGUGGGAAGAGAAGUUCUUUGCUGGAUUGGCUCACGUCAAGGGGAGACAUGGCAUGUAUCUCCUGGUGGUGAACGCAUAUAGAAGCGACUAA